CUUUGCACCUACUUUUUGGCAAAAAUGCUGGGCGUAAAAGGCCUAAACGAAAAACUUUUUCAUUGAGCUCUUGCUUUUCUCGAGAACCAGUUGAUCUAUUUGAAUACCUUGAAUGUGUUUGUUAGUGUCAUGACAAUGAAAGCGCACGGUUCGCUGUACUGCUCUCCGUCCGUCUGCAAGCUCGACAUUCUGUCCUUUCAUUUCAAUAGAUUCCCCUGAAUCCAUUUUUGUACACUAAUAAUCUCCACGGUCGUUCUUGUCUAUAAAUGUGAGAAGUAUUUGUGAUAUUCAUUGAGAUUUCUAGUAUUCCUUACUUUGAUGGACUACCUCCAAUUUACAUUUGUGUACUGUUACGUAUUAUCCAUUCGUUAUCCCCACCAAACUGGUCUACGUUUUCCUCUAUUUUUAUUUCAGACUACUGUGCCCAGUCUUUAGAGCACUGCAAGUAGAAACUUGCUUGGAUCUUAGACUUUAACGUACUAACUGAAGAACAUUCCAAUCUCAUGUCUCACCAAGGAGCUGCACUUCAGAACUAUAAUAAUGAACUUGUUAAAUGCUUUGAAGAGCUUUGUAAGAGACGAGAAGAUUUACAGCGACAGAUUCAACAAGAUGAAACUGAACGCGCUAAACUUCAAAGGGAGAUAAAUGUUCUCAAUGAUAAGCUUACCAGAGUAAAUGAAUCGUUGGAGAAAAAACUAUCCACACGGAAUGAGUAUGACAGAACGAUCGCAGAGUCUGAGGCAGCUUAUAUGAAGAUCCUGGAAAGUUCUCAGACUCUUUUAACUGUCCUAAAAAGGGAAGGUCAAAAUAUUGUCCAAAAGGCAACGGCGAAAAAUGUUCCGUUUUAGAAACUGAAUUCUCCAGUCAUAUAAACUUGCAAUAUGUUAAUUAUUUGUAAAUACUGUAUUAUUUACUACUGAAGCUGUUCAUAUGGAUUUUGUCACCGGUCGAUAUUUCAAACUUUCAGUGAUAUUUUCAAGUCGAAUUAUAGUCAUUUUGAUAAUUUUUGGCCUUGGUUUUAAUAAUUGAAGUUGGGUCCUAUGCUUAUCGAAAAAUGUCUUUUGAGAUCAGUGCUUUUAAAUAUGACCUU